AUGGCCAAUGCUGCCCGGCAACUGUUGGUCACACUGCGCGAGGAAGAUCCGCGGGCUGUGGAGGAGCUGCUGCACCUCGGGGCGGACCCCAGCCUGGUGCUGGAGGAUGGCAUGGCGGCGGUGCACCUGGCGGCCCGAGCUCGCCAUCCGCGCGCCCUGCAUUGCCUCCGGAUCCUGCUGCCCCGGGGCGCCGACCCCAAUGCUCGGUCCACUGAGGCCCUGACACCCGUGCACGUGGCCGCCGUGUGGGGCUGUCGUGGCGCCCUGGAGCUGCUGCUGAGCCGAGGGGGCGACCCUACGCUGCGAGACCAGGACGUGCUCUGGCCACUGGACUGGGCUCUGCAGCAGGGACACCAUGACUGUGCAUGCCUGCUGCGGGAGCUGGACACGCCCACCCGGACACGGAAGGAGACCCUGGAGCCAGCUGAGAAGUUACCUGUAGCCCUGGCUGGCCUUGAAUCCACCAUGGGUCGAGGACGUGUCUUUGUGAGGUCUCCUGGCAUCUUUAUACCUCCGUGUUUGUCACCGGUCUCAGAGCAGCUCAUGCGCAGAGCUGAGCUGGCAGCUGCUCGUGAGGUGGCGGUGGAGCCCGGGAGUCCAGAGGCCACUGGGAGUGAGGACUGCAGCAGCGAUGCCUCCUCUGUCACUGCAUCGGAGGACUCUCUGCAGCCCCAGCGCCCUGCGGGGACACUGGGGCCUGCAGCCAGCCUGUGGCAGUCUGGUGGGGCUGAGGCAGCUGGGAAUGGGGUACUGAGCUGCCAGCUGCAGGCCCUGACGUUGACCACAGGGGCCACCAAUGUCCCAUCCCUGCCCGGUGACGGGGACUCGGGGGCCUUGCAUCCACACGGCUCAGUGCCCCCCAUGUCCGACCUGCAACUGCUUCAGGCUUUGCGGGCACUGGGCCACAGUCCUGGCCCGGUUACCCCUUUCACCCGUGGACACUACUUGCGGCGGCUGCAGGAAGCCCAGGCUAGCCCGGAUGAGCUGGUAGUCCCGUGGCGGUCUGUUCCAGGGCACAGCCCAGAACUGGCGGAGGUGCUGAGAACAGGCCACGUUCCCGACUGCCAGGCGGAUGAGGCCGCCCUGGCUCAGCACUUUCAACGGCCGGAUCCCACGAAGAGGUGGCGGGGAGGCGUCACCAAGUCCAGCUUUACAUAUCUUCUUCUUGACCCCAGGCAGACGCAGGGACUGCCUGCCCGAGCCUCCUCCCUCACACUGUCAGAGUGUCUGCAAUGUUUCGUGGGAGCCAUCUUCUACGUGGGCAAGGGGACCCGUGCCCGGCCGGAUGCCCACCUCUGGGAAGCCCUCGGCUACCGUGAACGCCCAGGGAAAAAUGCCUGUCCCAAGGUACGCCGGAUCUUAGACAUCUGGGCCAGCGGCCGCCGUGUCCUUUCCCUACACUGCUUCCAGCACACGGUGGCCAUGGAGGCGUACACACGGGAGGCCUGCCUGUUGGACGCCCUAGGUAUCCAGACACUGACCAACCAGAAACAGGGCCACUACUAUGGAGAGGCUGCCUACUGGCCACCCACGAAGCGGCGGCGCUUGGGGGUGUAUCUGCUGCACCGCGCUCUGCUAGUUUUCCUGGCUGAGGGGGAACGAGAGCUGAGGCCGCAGGACAUCCAGGCCCGAGGCUGAGUGCUGAGGACAUGAUCGUGAAGCAUGAGCCAUGGGGUCCCCAGCUGGGUCCCCAGCUCUGGCUUUAGAGGCUUGGUGUGUGUAUGUGUGCUGAAGUGUG